GUCCGUGGAGGCGGCAAAUGAAGGGUCAGUGCCAUCGUCAGGCAGAAAGGCCGAAAGUCAAGUGAUAGGUCCGAUGACGCGGUGAUAUGCGAAUGACUACGUUCCUUGCUCCCCUCGAAGAGCCGUGAUUUUCAACUUUACGCUUCUCCUCUAGUUUCGAAUAUAAGACGAGAAUGAUGCGUUUCGGACUUUUGUGUUACUUUUUCGUCGCCGUCACGUGCAAUCCAGAAGUGACGACUUCUCGCGGAACGAUCGUCGGGGUGUAUACCAGGAUUCUCGAUGUGGACAUGGAAUCCUUCCUCUCGAUCCCGUACGUGGAACCUCCCGUGGGAUUGCUCCGCUACGAGAAACCGCAAGAAUACGGUCUCUUCCCGGAGUUGAAGCUGAACGGCACAGCCUAUCCGCCCGCAUGUCCUCAAAUCGUCGGGUCUCUCGCCCAAGCGAGCAAUAUAUCGCAAAGCGAAGACUGUCUGUAUCUGAACAUUUUCAGACGACGGGGAACAAAUUUGAACGAUCAGAAAGCCGUUCUCGUCAUAUUUCACGGCGGCUUGUUCCUUCAACCCGGAGGAUUCAGUCACGGCACAUCGGCGGACCCGCACCAGAAUCCCGAAGCUCUUGUGGCGGCAGGUGAUGUCAUCUUGGUCACCUUCAACUACCGACUCGGAGUCCUCGGUUUCGCUGAUCUCAAAGAAUUCGCGCCGGCGAAUCUCGGACUCCACGAUCAACGAGCAGCUCUAGCCUGGGUCAAGGAGAACAUCGGCGAAUUCGGAGGGAACGCCAACGAUGUCACUGUAAUGGGGACCGGCGCAGGAUCGAUGUCCAUCGUCGCGCACAUCAUGUCGUUCGUUGACAACAGAGACUUCUUUCACACUGCGAUAUUGGAUGGUGGCGUGCUCUCGAGUAACGCACUCUUGGAAGACACGACAUCGAGUUUCCGACGGAUAAGCAAAAUUGCGUACGACUUGGGAUGCCCACUCAAUUCUCGCGACAUGAUCGAAUGCCUCCAGGACUCGGAUCUCGAAGAUUUGAUAUCACUCUCCGAGGAAUAUAUGCCCGCGAACGGCUUGGCCGCCUUCGUUCCAACCGCAGAUGGCUUCAUCAUACCGACGAGACCGGACGCUUUCAUCGAUGAUAACAACGUCUUACUCAAGAAAGUUCGCCUAAUGAUCGGUUUCGCUGAAGACGAGGGAACAUUAUUCACGAAUUACACCAAAUCGACCUUCAAUUUUACCGAAGACAAAACAGAAGACGAAAUAACUAACUAUUGUUUGAAGCUCUCGGACGCGUACAAUUACCCUCUUGAUGUCCGUGAUCGUUUGACGAAGGAUACGGUCAAAGAGAUUUACGCCGCGAGACACGAGAAAUGGCCUCGGCGUGCCGUAGUUACUUUCCAAGGUGAUGGUGUUGUCAAGUGCCCCACGAAUAAUUUCAUUAAGCAAUUAUGCCGCAGGACAUCCGAAGUUUUCGUCUAUCAUUUCGAGCGAAAAUUCUCGAAGAAUUACCUCCCCGAAAUGGAAGACCUCGGGGUUUUCCACACCAGUCCUUUUCAACAUUUCGUAGGCUCCUUGUUCCUGUACGUUAAGCCUGGCGACAUGGCGCCGGAAGACAGACGCUUCAUGUUGGAUACGAUGAAGAUGAUAACCGACUUCGUAGCAGACCAGGAGAGCAAUCCGAGAUUCCGAGACUUAGAAUGGCCGAGUUUUGCCGAAACCGGCAAGGUUCUCGUCAUAAGGGACGAACCCAGGCUGCGCGGGGGACUGCUGAGAAGAAGCAUUUGUGAUGAGGUUUUCACCCCACCCUACAAGACAGGGAAGGUGUGGAUGAAGAUCAAUUAGCAUCACCGACGAUGUGAAGAUCCCCGGGCUUCAGGGAAUAUUGUAAUUUUUGGGGCAGGUGGGAAAUACUGAAUACUUGACGAAAGAUAUCUAAUUCAUCAUUGUCGACUGAGCGCGCUCAUCAAUAAACUGCUCUGGUGAAUCAAGUUGUGCCGGA